AUGGCAUUGAUCAAUCCACCUGCCAUCGCGAGCAGUUCGACCGCUCCUCUCGGCCCUGCCCUCGAUUUCGUUCGACCAGAUUUUCAUCAAGUCAAUCUGGAUGUUGAGGGUUAUUUGAAGCAAGAAAGAGGUUUUAAACUUGAUGCAGAUCGAGAAAUAUGUCGACUUUCCCUCCUCCCACUCGGUUGUCCAUUACCUCCUUCACUAUGUCCAUACAGACAUACAACCCCUUCUCCAUCCAAUUACAAACCACCUCCACCACUUCCAACUCAUCCAAGAGAAAGAGAAAAGAAAAUGACAGUUUGUAAACAUUAUCUUCGUAAUCUAUGCAAAAUGGGAGAUAAUUGUGAAUACACACAUGAUUUCAACCUUCGUACAAUGCCUGUAUGUGUUUGGUUCGUAAUGGCUGGGAAAUGUGAAUUAGGUGGUGAAUGUCUUUAUUAUCAUCCACGUGAUAGAAGAGUUGAAUGUCCGGAUUAUAAUAGAGGUUUUUGUAGAUUAGGACCUGAAUGUCCUAGGAGACAUAUAAGAAGACAAAUUUGUGGAGCUUAUAUGGCUGGGUUUUGUCCUGAUGGACCGAAUUGUAAAUUGGCUCAUCCAUCACCCAAACUUCCCCAACCAGAAUCAUAUAUUAACCCCAUCCCACCCGAUCCGACCAAAGCGGGUCCACCGCCAAACCUUCCGGCGGGCUACGGACGUUGGCGUGAAUACAAAUAUGAUCCUAAUGCCGUCGUUUAUUCUUCGCCUGCUUGGCUAGAAGGUGGUUCUUUGUCAGGUUGGAGAUCGGGAGGGAUUCUGUCAGCCAAUGCGAGGAGAGAUACGAAUUCGUUCGGAUCGACCGGUGGGGGCGGUCAAGGUGGUGGUGGUGGUGGUGGAGGCGGAGGUGGAGGUGAUAAUUCCGGUCAGAGGAAAGCUGGAUGGAUCAAGGAUUUAAGUACAGUUUUAUGUUUUAGGUGUAAUCAAUAUGGUCAUUUUGCCAACACAUGUCCCAACAGUGCCGUACCUGGUGAUCGUGGAGGGUUAAGAAAACGAGAGGCAUAA